GACAAUUAUCCUCCCCGCCGUUCUCACUCACGUUUAGCUUUCACCCGAAUUCCGGAUCGAGUCCAAUAGUGCACCAAGGAAGUCUGUCCUUCUUAUUUUCCCAUGUGAUGAGUAGCUCCACGAGUUGGAGGGAGUCUUGGGGAAAGAAGAUGAAGAAGAGCCAGAUUAUGAUCAUGACCACCGCCGUACCAUCAUCGUCAUCACCACUGGCACUUCUACUCACUCUACCACAAAUCUGUUGACAAUGUAAUACUACCUAGGUAUCAUUUGCACCAAUGCACCAAUGCAACAACAAUCCCUGGGCAUGCAUACAUACCCAGGAGCAACACGCUUUCUCUGUCUCUCUCUAGCUUCCACCUCCCCGCAAUCUUCCCUACCAAAGUAUCCAGAACAUCCCCCUGUCCUUUUCUUGCAAAACUGCUGUCGUGCCUCGCUUUCCUUCGAGAAUCUUUUAAAUUUCUUACCAGGUACGAUAUUUCUGCAGCUCUAAACAAGUGAUCACACCCCCAUCUUCCUCUUCUGACAAGGGCAUGGUGGGACGACGCAUUCGUUCUUAACCCUUAACAUCCAACCCUCAUCUCAUGCUCCCGUACUUCUGAGCUCUGUCUUUUCUUACUCACCGAUACCAAUCACCUCCCGUGCCUCUCUAAUCCUAGCCCAUGCUUUACGUCGCACUUUAUACAUUAUACAUUAUACACCACACACUGCCACGAACCGCCACGUCUAAUUCCAAUUGUAUACUUUCCUUUUCCUCUGCUUGAUACUGGAAUGAAAAAUCUCACCAAACGUAAGACCAGAAUACGUCAACCGUCAACCGUCAACCGUCAACUUGCCAACCGAUCAACCAAAACCGCCUGGAAAAUAUCCCCGGGAGCAGCAGUUCGGUCGAUGACUAUCCGAUCAUCUCUGUAAUUGGAUUACAUCUGCAAUUGGCGAACGAAUAGCGGCUGCCAUUCUUUUGGGAAGCUCCCAUCGACCCGAGAAUUCGUCGAACGUCCAACACCUAGCCAAAAACCGAAGAGGAUACGACGUACAUACAUAAAUACAUCAUCCAUUUGACCAAGUCUGAAUCGGAAAUUAUUUGCAUACUCCCCUCCACAACCACCACACUCGUAAUGUUUUGUGCAUUGCGUCUCGACCAAUCUUUAUGAUGUGACGAAUCUUAUUAUUACUGUACAACAAUAAUUUCUUCUUUCGCCUUUUCUUGUCGCCUUGGAAUUUCCUUCCGAUACCAUGUCCGGAAGGCCAGCGCAAGUUGGAAUUGAACGAUUACCAGCACGACGUAUGAGCAACGAACCACGAGAAUCAAUGAAUUGUAAAUCUUGUAGAAAGAGGAAGAUAAAGUGCAACCGGUUGCGACCGACUUGCGAAGCUUGUCAAGUCUUCCAAUGCCCUUGUAUCUAUGAUGCCGUUCCCAAAAAGCGCGGACCUAAGACGGAUGUAUUGGAAGCUUUAUUAAAGAGAGUCGAUGGAUUGGAACGAAAAUUGAGGGAUGAGAAAAAAUCCAAUUCUCCAAAUAAUGAUGGGAGUGCUUCCGGUUCUGGUUCUGGCGGGGGUGAAGCGGAAAGUCCUCAUGACGAUACAAAACCAAAACGGCCUCAUCUGGAGACGACCAUUUCAAAUAUUGCAGAUGAAUCCGCUGUAUAUUCUCCAACACCCAUAAGCGAGCCCUCUCCUUCAGUCCAGCAAGAUGUCCUUUUGGAUACUUACUUUGUUCGGUGCCAUGGGAAAUCUUACCAUAUACUCGACGAAACUUCUAUUCGACAACGGAUCCAAUCUAAUCAAAUCCCAACAUAUCUACUUUAUGCAAUUUACGCUGUUAGCGCAAGAUACACUUCUCAUCCAAAUGGAUAUUUUGCUGCAGUGAGAUUAAGUGAAGAUUAUGCUCAUCGAGCCAGAGCAGAAGUAGACAUCGACGAACCAUCUAUCGAUAAUUUACAAGCUCUUUUACUUCUUGGUAUUUCUUACACAGCAUCUGGAAGAGGGAAGAAGGCAUACAUGAUGCUUGCGAAUGCCGUUGGAAUGGCCGUUGCGCUAGAACUCCAUCGCGAACUGGAUCAGAACCUACGAAUUAGUCCUGUAGAGAGAGAAUUACGAAGAAGACUAUUUUGGACAUGUUAUUUGAUAGACAGAUUCACAGCAUGCGGAUCAAAACGACCAUCAUUAAUUGCCGAUAAAUCUAUUGUGUUACGGUUACCAUCUUGGUCACCCAAUCCAGCCGCUCUUCCCGUCGAAGGAGAGUUUUUCCAAAGCGGAUCAAAUCUUCAUUUCGGUAGUGGAAAGAAGAGUCAAGGAAGCAGCGGAAUGCUCAUAGAUAUUGUGAGGAUACUAGGAAUUACCAACCGCUAUCUCGCAGCUGGCGGUGUAAAAGGCGACUCUCAUUUCCCAUGGCACUCAUUAUCGAAUCUUUCGAAAAUUCGUCAAGACUUAGAUAUUUGGGCGGGUGGUACGCAGGAUGUCUUUACAUCUGUCGAUACACUUUUUGGACAGCCAGACAGUACAACUCUCGUCCUUAGCAAACUUAUCUAUCAUCUCAUACAUUGCUUGAUAUAUCGACCUUUUCUUCCCAUCGAUCUUGCUGAGUUAGCUGGAACCGGUCAACAUCAAUCUUGGCAAAUUGAAGCCACAAAUCUUUGUUUUCUUCACGCAAACGCAAUCGCCGAAUUGGUAGAGCUUGGAAAACAAUCUGCAUCAAUAGAAUGGCCCGCAUUUGUAGGAUAUUGUAUUUGUACCGCUGGUACUGUUCAUGUUCAUGGGACACACUACAAAGGCGGUCGUGAAGGUGAAGUGUUUUCCGCUUCCGCCGAUUUUCUUUCCAGAGAAAUGCAACAACUUUCCGAACUUCGAUAUGCAUGGUCUUCAGUUCAACAUCAACGAGAAACUCUACAGACAAUCUAUGGUUGUCAUUCCGAUCUAGUGAAAAGUCUUGGAAGUAACCCGAUGCGCUUUAGUCCAGUCUUUCACCUGGAAGACUUUUUCGAUAGGUAUAGUGAUUUGGGCCAAUACUUUGAUGGGGCUCAUAUUAGUUUUGCGGAUGUGGUGACACCUAGCCCGGAAGCAUAUCAAGGUCAUGACCUUUAUGCGCCGACACAAUCAAAUAGGAAUGGUUCUAUGAAUGGGGGGACAGGUUCGAGUGGCUCAAAUGAUUCGACUACCGUUACUGCUAAACGCAAAUCUUCUUCAUCUGCACGAAAACGUGCUCUUACCAAUAGCCUAAAAGACAGACCUCUAAUGUCACCGAGUGGGAGAUCGGUUGAACAAUUACCACUACCACAGAACGGUUUACUCGGUCAUGAUCCGGCAUCUUAUUCUAAUCAAGGAAGUUCAAUGACUACACUUCCGCAAAUACCCUUUUCGCCACCUAGUCAAAAUCAAUCGCAAUCAUAUACCUUUUCACCAUCGCUCUCUUUGAAUCAUGGGCAAGAAUCGGAUUUUGAUCCAAUGUUUGGUAUGUCACAUCUAGGUAGUGGUGGGAAUUUUUCAUUUGCAGGAAUGGGCGGAACAAGUGGUGGUAUGAUGGGAGAAGAAGGUAUGACACCAGGAGGAAGGUCAAAUAAUGGGAGUACGGGAACAAGUGGAGAGGAGAAAGAUCCUUUCCUGAGCUUGCUAGAACAGCUUGCAGAAAAUGAACAACAAAGAGGCGGACCAAGCGAAUUGGACUUUUUCUUGGGUGGUGGGCAGGGUUGAAAAUGAACUGGGUACACGAUAGCUUAUGCACGCCCAUGGUUGUCUUUCGAGACAUGAAUAAAAUCAUCUCACGUGGUUGAAGAAUUGGUACCUUCCCAAACCAUACUUGCUUGGUUGAAUUAACCUGGUACGAAAUCAUGGAGAUGAAUCAAGGAGGAGGAAGCUUUACACGAGCCCAGGAGAGACGACCAAGGAAAGGAUUUAAGAUAUUUACGAGGAUGGAAAAACCAAGUUCCAGAGUGAAAGAAUGUACAAGGGACUGAGAGAAUUGCAUUGCUAAUGAGAGUACCGGAGUUUGAGUUGGAUGAAUUUGCAUGCGGACACGUACAGUACCACUGAGGGGCAUAUGAAGGUUAAAUGGGUGCAGGUGCAACCAGGGGAAUGAGAUACGGAGUUUCUGGGUGUAGGUUACAUUACGGUGAUAUCUCACAAUGAGAAUCUUUUGUAUCGAGUAAGCAAAUUGGAGGCGAGGGAAUUUCCAUGCUCGCCACCACAUCAUACUCUAGAUAUAAAAGCGAUGUUUAAUAUAAAAUGUAUCUUCCAAGCACUUGAGUUCAUCUCGAGUUGUACUUUGGACUCCCGAGAGCCUGGAAUCAUUACCCUUUUCCGGACGCUUCGAAACAUGCUUGUACCUUGCUUUUCCGUGGUAGAUGUAACUCAUCAAUCACUACUUAGUUAGAACUCAUGAAUUUUGUAACA